GCCAUCCAACAAGUGCGACCACAUUUCCAGCCCACUCCACCUUCUUAUCCAGAAGGCUAUGAUUGUAAGCUUUUGGAAACAUUAAACGACAAGUCCGGGAAUCAAGCAGUCUAUUCCCCUUGUAGCAAGACACUAACUUGUGCAGAAUUGAAAGAAUGGAAAACUCAUCAGAUACAGUGGGAAAGUGAAGGACAAGUUACUGUAAAAUCUAUUGAUCGACAGGAGAAUCCAAGUGAACAUACGAUAUAUCUGAGAGAAAAGUUGAAGGAAUGUGAACAGGAAUGGAAGGAAGUGCUAAACAAAGUCUUUGAACAAAAUCUCCAAGCUCAAAGGAACCAGGCACAGAGUCAACGAGGUAUGUCAUUGUACCCAUACCUUUGUGUCCUGGAUCCAAGUUGCUAUGUAGAAAUAAUGUUGCAGGAAAUCAGAAGGCUUGCAGAGACAUCUGAAACUUUCAGUCCAUCGGUACAUUACCUCCAUAGAAACCUUGGUGCUAAGGUUAUGAACUUGUACACGACAUGGAUUAAAAAAGAAAAUGGGGUGGCUGACAAGGUGUCUGCACUGUAUGAUAAGUAUCUGGAAUAUUACGUUAAUCCCCAUCUCACAACAACAUUUCCUCCUAGACGCUUCUGGCAGAAGUUGAAAACUGUGUACUUUCAUGGACCAACUAUUGACUCUGAAGAAGUUUGCUGGCCACAUCACGUACUAUUGGGAGUAAGUAACAUAUUGUAUACAGUUCUGUGGGCUCUUUUAUAUAGUUUUCUUUGCAGUGAAAUUCAUAUAAAAGUAAUG